AUGUACAACAGUGCUGCUCAAAGCACUCCAGUGAUGAAUCCAACAACAUCAUCGAGAGACAUGGCUUGUCAGGAAUGUCUUUCUAAAGUUCCCGGCCUUGAUUAUGCAGUUCCACCAAGUCAAUCCAUCAUGUUAAGGAAUUAUACUCCACCCGAAUAUCCAACUGUAGUAUAUGUCCCUCAAAGACAAUGCCAACCUCAAUAUAACAAUUUAGUUCUUCCUCAGUAUCAGUGUGCCGAUCAACCAUCCUCCUCUAGGUUUGCAACAAGUGUUGCUACAAAUAUUCGAUCAUCAACUCCUGUCUAUGGAAGAACAACUCUAGUAGCCCAACAAGAGUCUGCCCAAACAACUAAUAUAGGAUGUGGUUGUGGAGGUGGAGCUCAAGUAAUCUCCACUAAUCAACAGCAAAUACCUUCAAUGAAUACAAGCAAUAAUCAAAUCCCAAUUCAACCAGGAACAUUCAAUUAUCCAUCUAAGAAACCUUGUUGCUAUCCUGAGAGUGGAUCAACCAAUAAUCCAAAAUAUUUACAAGAGGUUGAAGGUCAAGAAUUUCUCGCUCAUUUCCCUAACAAGAAGUACAAUAGGAAAAAGAUCAAUUUGGAAGCUGUUAAGGAACAAAGACCUAAAAUGAAUAACAAAUGGGUAACUGAACAUCGAGAAAACUUUGGAUUCUUCUCAUGUUCUGCUCCUGUCGGAAAUGAAGCAUACUCUUCAAGUGAUUCAAUAAGUGCAACCAAUAGUCAACAACAAUUGUUCAUUUCUCCAACAAUCGGUCAACCUCAAAUGAAUCCCACCCCAACUGGUUUAACUCAAAUCUACAAUCCAGACUAUUAUCAACAAGGCUUGCCAAUCACUCCAGUUCCUACUCCAGCAACUGGAGGAAAUGAAGAUUAUCAAGAUGUUUUCGAACCAAUGGAAGAACCAAGUGCCACUCCAGCAGCUGUGUCUCGACCAAAGUCACCCUCUCUAAAGAAGAGAACUGGGGCAGGAACACCAGCAACCAAAAAGGAACCACCUAAGAAGGAGGUCACUAAAGUUGAACCACCUCCAAUGAGCGAGACUAUCGAUAGAAGAUCAAGAGGGGCCUACUCGGAAGAUAAUGGUUCAACUAAGGAUAAGAAAAAAACUAAACAGGAAAUGUAUGCUGAAGUUUACAAUAGAACUCUUUCAAAAAUUCAACAAAAAGAAACCAAUCAAAAGAAGAAACUUAUUGACAGACAAGAUCAGUACUACGGACGUUUGGCUGCUGAGGAAAAGCAAACUAUUGAGAGGAACCAAAGAGAAUUACAAACCUAUAUGAACAGAGGUGAAAAACCUCCAUUCUUCCCUUAUGGACAUAGCAAUGUAACUCCUGUGAGUGAUAAGACCUAUAUGAAUACAUUCAACGUCGCUCCAAGAGAUCCAAAUCAAAUUGUUAAAGAUGUGGUUGCAAGAAGGGAAAAAACAGCAGAAUAUGAUGGUUGGAAGAAACUUUUGGAUGAGCAAGAUUUCAAACCUUGGAAACCAAAAUCAUACUACUGGAAAUCUUUCGACAGAUUUGAAAAGUAUAAUAAUGAAUCAAGGAGAGAAAGAAACUCUUAUGGAGGUGGAAACAAUGACUUGGACGAUAAAAUUGAUUCUGCCCCAGUGACAACAACCAAAAAGAGAUCAUCAUCCAGACCUAGGAAAGAGGAGAAGAAGACUGCCUUCGUUGAACCAAUUGAGGAAUCAGAUGAAGAAAAGGAAAAUAUCAGACAAUACAAUGAGCAACCACAAAUGAAUUCUGAAAUGAAGGCCAGAAACUCUGACUAUUACUCCCCUGAAGAAUACCAAAUGAUGUACGGUAAUCAACAAAUGCAAUCUCAAUAUCCAAGCAAUAAUUAUCCUCCACAACAAAUGUAUCAAGGAGGAAAUUAUCCUGUUGGCCCUAAUACUAUCCCACAACAACAACAGUAUGUGUAUGCUGAUCAAGUUCAAGCAAACAAUACUUCAACGAUGGUUGGUCAAUCCUCAAUGAUAAAUUGUGAAGCAAAACGAGCAAAUUAUGAGGGUCCACUUUGCAGUGAUCUAAAAGGAUUACAAUUUGCCAAGUUUAUUCCUAAGGACUAUUCCGAUUUUAAUCCAAAGAAUUACAAAGCACUUCCUAUUCAUUAUUUAAAUUACAUUAGACCUGCAGGAAAAGUGACACCUUCCAAUGAUGCUAUUUCAGAGUGUUUCCGAUUCUAUGAUUAA